AUGUAUAUAUUCGCCACGACGAGUGAUUCGAGCGUUGGUAUAGAAUUCGCGGAACCUUAUGAUUCUAAGCGUGCUAUACCUGUAACGGAGAAGGGAUCUGCACUGAGUCGUUUCUUGGAGAAUGGUAAAUACCCUAUAGAGCAACGCAUAGAAGACAAAAAGCGGGGAAUCGGUAGACAGAAAUACCCCUUUGUCGUAUGGGCGCUCACCAUUGCUAUGAUCGGCGUCUUUAUUUAUGAGCUCGUCUUGAAUAGUAAGGAGCAGGGUACUCCAGUCUCGUUCAAGCCCACUGUGAAUGUAAUGCUUGGCCCAUCUUCGAGCGCGCUCAUCAACAUCGGUGCACGUUUUCCGCCGUGCAUGAAGGACGUGACCACCGUGCCCGCAUCUACGAAUAUGGCUUGUAUGAAUGAUACGGCCAACCCGCCAGACCGCAUAUGUACCAUUGAAGAACUCUGUGGACAUGGCGGAUUCGGCGACGGAGAGCCGAAUCAGUGGUGGAGAUUUAUCACUCCUAUUUUCAUCCAUGCCGGGUUCAUCCACAUCAUUUUGAACAUGCUCGCUCAGUUAACAGCAGUAGCACAAAUUGAACGAGAGAUGGGAUCCGGUGGAUUCUUCAUACUGUACUUCGCAGCAGGCAUAUUUGGAAACGUACUAGGAGGCAAUUUCUCUCUCGUCGGUAUACCCUCCGUUGGUGCUAGCGGUGCUAUCUUUGGCGCAAUAGCUGUCACAUGGGUGGAUCUGUUCGCUCACUGGAAAUACCAUUAUCGUCCCGUUCGCCGGCUCGUGUUCAUGACAAUUGAGUUAUUGAUUGGUAUCGCCGUUGGUUACAUUCCAUAUGUCGAUAACUUUGCUCAUCUUGGAGGGUUCCUCAUGGGCCUACUCGUGGGAACCACAUUCUAUCCCGUCAUUAGUACUACGAAGAGGCACCGGGUCAUCAUGUGGAUGUUCCGACUCACUGCCAUUCCACUGGCGGUUAUAUUAUACGUCGUUCUCAUCCGCAAUUUCUACACCUCGGACCCGUAUGCUGCCUGUUCGGGAUGCCGCUACCUUUCAUGUUUCCCCACUUCCUCUAAUAAUCACUGCAAAGGGUAUGUCUCGCGUUCGUUCUUCGACAGUCACGCUCACAGUCGUGUUAUUCCAUUCGCGAUCGUUAUCACGAUAGAACUGGUAAGCUCAGGUCAUGCCCUUGUCAGACAUGUGUCGAAUCUGAUUGAAUAUUGA